UGUAAACAUGUAAAAAUUUGUUGAAAUAAUGUAUAUUGAGUUCGUGGUUUAAAUUAAGGAAUCCAAAUAUUUCUAGGUGUAUUUUGAUGUAGAUGCUGGCAGAUUUGUGUCACCCUAUUAAGCAUUUGAUAGCGAGGCAACGGAAAUUCUCCCACAAACACACAUUUGCUAGCCAGGCCAAAUUACAUGAAUAGAAAUUCCAAGUACCCAAAAUGAAUAUCUCCGAAGACAAACGAACGCUGGGUAGCCCCUUCUUCGACGUGCUAUGGCCAUUGAUCCUGGACGAGAAUGUCUGUCGCAUCGAGACCAAGCCGGACGAAUUCUUUGUGCCCCGGGAGCCCUUCAAUCGACUGGAUUGGCAUAUCUACCUUUCCCAGGUGGGCUAUCCUUUCUACAUGCCGCCACAUGAGCUGCGCUGCUGCAAAGGAGCCGAAAGGGAGGAGAUCGAGAACGAGGAUGCUGAGAAUGCCUUAAACCAGGAGGUGGAGGAGCGAACGGCGUCGAACCAGGUGGACUUUCUGCUCCGCGGAUCCCGGGACAUAAAACCCAUAGAUGAGGUGGUAGACAAGCUGAGGAUGGAGCAGGAGCGCCGCCAGAAGUUGGCGUACGACUUUGCCAAUCGACGCUAUCCUUGGACCAUGCAAACUCCCAGUCACGAACUGGGCUUCACCAUCACGGAGGAGCUGCAGAAGUGCUUCAAGGGACCCAUGGAGCUGGACAUCUUGAGGGCCAUUCAUGAUCACGACUGCAAGCUAAUGAUUAUCGAUCUGGGCAUUGACGUGGACAUCAAGGAUUGCCAGCGCUGGAUAAAGUUUCGUCCAUAUAUCCAGUUACUGGCAUUGCCUCGCACACCGCGCAUGGAACGAUCGCUUCAGGUGCUCAAUGUCUUCCACACUUAUUUGGUGGAAGAAUCGGCUGAUAACUCAUGGAACGAUGAGGUUCAGUGCUCCCUUCGCACAGCUUUUGUCCACGCGGAGAAAAAUCAGCUCCUUAAGUCCUGCGGGGAGCCAUUUGUCUUCGUAUUUAGUCGUUUCCGCGGCAUUUGCACCUGCGAUACCUAUAAGAUAAUCCGCCGGGCAUAGAAAAGAUUCUUUCAGUUAUUUCCAUUAGCCAACUGAAGUUGCUAUAAAUAAGUAAUUACUUAUUGUUUUAAAAAAAA